GUUGAGUGUAUGUUUAUUUUUCUAGACAUAAUGAUGUGAUAUGUUUAAGUAAUAAUAUUAUUUAUUUUCUCUUGAGAAAUUAUACGGUUCUCUUAUUUUAACUCAUCAUGACAAAUAUGAUUGACUUAGUAUUUUCGAAUGCUGCUGGUUCUGCGUUCGUUUGGAAUGCUGAAGACUGGUUUAUACUCAGAAAAGAGCAUAGAAUAAUAGGAGAACUAGUAGGGUGUAAUCCUAAGUUGCCGAGACAAGAAAUUCUUUUAGGUCUACCUUUGCUAUUACUUCCAGAAGAGGUAACCGUCUUACUUGAACAGAAAGUAGCACGACUAGUACAUUAUCCUUGCUUACAACAAAUACCAAGUGAAUCAUUGAAAAAAGCUUUUGAGGAUUAUAGGCAGGAGUUGUUUGUGGAACAGGAGAAAUGUUUAAGAGAACAGAGAAAGCAACAGGUGACUUUGAUGCUGGAUAGAAUUGUUGCAGGUAAAAGACGAAAAUUAUUAGGUAUAGGAAGCUGCAAGAAAAAGAUGAAAAAGCCAUUAACGCCAGAAAUGGAAAUUGAAUCAAAGAAAAUAGAAAUUAAUUAUGAAGAAGUGGUUAGUGAGGAAAUGGAUAAGCUCCCAAAACUGGAGAAAAAAGAUGCUCUUGUGCAAACUCAUACCGCUUAUCCAUGGUUAAUGGAAGAUGACAUAAAACUAGCGGAUUGGAAAUAUCCUUUGACUACUAAAGAAAUUUUACGUUAUAAAGUUUUUAAAGAUUUAUGGGAACAGGGGUUCUAUGUAACUGGUGGUGAAAAAUUUGGUGGUGACUUUCUUGUAUAUUCAGGAGAUCCGAUAAUGUUCCAUUCUCAGUUUAUAAUACAAUGCAGAGAUAGAGAUGAUGAAAUAGCCGUAUCUGAGCUCAUCGGUGAGUGUCGUAUUGGAUGUCAUGUAAGAAAAACUGAAGUAUAUGCUUCAUUUGCCAGUGAUAAAGAGACUAUUAUGUAUCAAUCGAUUCAAUGGAGUGAAUCCAGUGCAUUUCAGAGAUAAUGACUUAAUUUCUAUGAUUUAUGUUAAUAAUAAUAGCAAUAAUAAAAAGUAAAAUAGUUAAUAUUUAUCUAU